UUGUACAUCCACACAACCGAACAUCAACAAGGAAAAAUUGAAGCGAACUUCAAUUCAAUAAAAGAGACGAAACAAAAAUAAAAUGUUGUAAGCGUGUAGUGUUAAUAACAAAGCUCAAGUAUUUUAAGUUAUUUUUCAUUAAAACUAAAUAAAACUUGUGCAAAUAUCAAUAAAAUAACGAAUAAAACAAUGGCAGCGGUAAAUAGUCGACAUCAAAAACUAGAGCAGCAGCGACAGUUAAUGGAAGCAUACAUCAGACAGAAACGAGCAGCGCCAGGCAUGGUACAAGCAAGUGAUUUACAAAUGCGACCCAUGUCGGGUGUGCGUAGUACUAGCCGAGAAAUACACGCAUACGACGGACCGAUGCAAUUCAUGAUGUCUCCAUCCAAUCCAGAUCAAAUACCGUCGUCACCCAGUAAUGAAGAUAUAAUCGAGACAAUAAGCGCUACCAAUUACGAUGAAGAUGACGAAAGUGUUCCGGUGGUGGAUGAUGUACCGUCGCCAAAUCGCAAUGACAUUCCAAAUUCAACGUUAAAUAAUUCCUCGAAAGCCAUUCCAGUUGCACCGGCUGACAAAAAUAAAAAUUCCUUGCAGAGUACGAAUGAGUUGGAAGGUGAUGUAGUUGGACAGGUGGAACAGUGGGUGGUUCAACCCGCAUCUCAGGGUUGUUUGUACAAAUGUAGAAUAACGCGCGAUAGAAAGGGUAUGGACCGUGGACUGUUUCCGUUGUAUUAUUUGCACUUAGAACGAGACUAUGGAAAGAAAGUGUUUCUGCUAGCCGGUCGAAAGCGGAAGAAGAGCAAAACAUCAAAUUACAUAAUCAGCUGCGAUCCCACGGAUUUAUCGAGACAGGCAGACGGUUUUGUCGGUAAAUUACGUUCAAAUGUUUUCGGCACAACAUUUUUCGUAUAUGACAAUGGCAGUAAGAUCAGUUCAGAGCAGGCACGACAAGAUAUGGCAGUCAUAAUAUAUGAUACGAACAUAUUAGGUUUCAAAGGUCCACGGAAUAUGACUGUCCUAUUACCGGGCAUGACAGAGGAGGAUCAACGCGUUAAAAUCUCUUCGGCCGAUGAUGCCGAUCAAGGCUUACUGGAGUGUUGGAAAGCGAAAAACAUGGACAAAAUUGUGGAGCUUCACAACAAAACGCCCGUCUGGAACGAUGACACCCAAUCGUAUGUGCUGAAUUUUCAUGGACGCGUCACCCAAGCGUCGGUGAAAAAUUUCCAAUUGGUUCACGACUCGGAUCCGGACUACAUUGUCAUGCAAUUCGGCCGAACGUCGGAAGACUUUUUCACAAUGGAUUUCCGUUAUCCGUUAUGUGCGCUGCAAGCGUUCGCAAUUGCACUAUCCAGUUUCGACGGUAAAUUGGCGUGUGAGUAGUCGGCAUUCAAUUAUUAUAAGAUUUUCGUUGCAACAAAGAACAAUAUCCAAGUGACAGAACGUUUGUAUCAGUUAGGAAUUUAGAAUCAUGGUUCUCAUAGCAUGUAAGAGAUUCUUUCGUU